UGAGUUUAUACAAGAGGAGGGUGAUUGGCUCGAUGGUAAGGUAUGUCACCUGCUAAACUAUUGCCUCAACGCACUUGACGCUUGAUGAGAAGAUCCGAACAACCGCUUUCUCCUACCCAUGUGCGGGGGUUAGUCAUUGGGGCAAUUCUCUUGCAACUGUGCCUCUCGCGACUUUACAGCUGUAGAGACGAUCUACGCUUUCUACUACACUUAGUCGACUGUAGAGAUGAGCUCUGUGACAAGCUCUCUCUAGACACUACUGUGAUUGGAAAGUUAUCGUGCAUUGAUAGCUACACGCGUGAGUCUUCAGCAAACGUGGAUCUUAUCCUACUUCGAUAAGACCAUGCAGUCUCACUGAUCCCAACAGCACAAAGAUGUUUAGGCACAAGC